GUUUAGAUUUUUAUCAUUUGGCCAAAAUGUUUUGGAUUUUGUUUUGCAUUUGAGUUAGUGAGGUUAGUGAAUGAAUAGUACUUUUUUUAAUGAAAAAGCAAAUAUAUUAGAUACUGAAACAUGUAACAUAAGAAAGUGAGGUUUUAUGUUUCCGUUGAUUUCGGUGUUCUGUUUAUGCGAGUCCCAUUAAAAAUCCAACAAUCAUCAUCUUCCGUAAUUGUCGGAAAAACAAAAAGUGAACCAAACAACGUUUUCUAUAGUUCGUGUCGUGCGGUGCAGUUACAUUACAUAAACAGUUUUUGAUGUUGUUGUCUUCAUCCUCUGCAGUUCAACCGAACUUGAGGAUUGUGUUGAUGAGGCAUUAUUAUUCAUGGGUUGUGUGUUUGUGAAGCAAGGGGUGUCUGUGACACCUGCCGUUGAUCAUUCUGUUGAUUCGGAGAGGAAUAUUAGUAUUACUAACAAGAAGAACAAGAAGAAAGCGAGUGCUGAGUUAGUUGGAUUGAGUUGGAGUGAGUUGGGUGAGUCAGGGAGAACGAGUUUGAAUGGUGGAAAUGAGUCUCUGAGUUUCAGGUUAGGGAAUCUUAGUAAGUAUGUGGAGGGAGAACAAGCUGCGGCCGGUUGGCCCGCUUGGCUUAGCGCGGUUGCUUCCGAAGCUAUUCAUGGUUGGGUUCCUCUCCGGUCGGAUGCAUUUGAAAAACUUGACAAGAUUGGGCAGGGAACAUAUAGUAGUGUUUUUCGAGCGAAGGAGAUUGAGACGGGGAAGAUAGUGGCUCUAAAGAAGGUGAGAUUUGACAAUUUUGAGCCGGAAAGUGUGAGGUUUAUGGCAAGAGAAAUUAUGAUUCUGAGAAGACUUGAUCAUCCCAAUAUCAUUAAACUGGAGGGUUUGAUUACUUCAAGGUUGUCUUGUAGCAUCUACCUUGUAUUUGAGUACAUGGAGCAUGAUGUCACAGGGCUAUUGUCGAAACCAGAAAUCAACUUUACCGAAUCACAGAUCAAAUGCUACAUGAAACAGUUGUUGUCUGGUCUAGAGCACUGUCACUCGAGGGGUGUAAUGCACCGUGACAUCAAAGGAUCGAAUCUUCUGGUGAAUAAUGAAGGGAUAUUAAAGGUAGCGGAUUUUGGAUUGGCGAAUUUCUAUAAUUCCGGGAGCAAACAGCCGUUGACUAGUCGAGUUGUCACGUUAUGGUACCGUCCUCCAGAGCUUUUGCUUGGUUCAACAGAUUACGGUCCGUCUGUGGAUAUUUGGAGUGUUGGUUGUGUAUUUGCAGAGCUACUGGUUGGGAAGCCAAUACUUAAGGGGAGAACAGAGGUUGAACAGUUGCACAAAAUCUUCAAGCUUUGUGGCUCUCCGCCGGAUGAGUACUGGAAAAAGACCAAACUACCUCACGCAACUUUGUUCAAGCCACAGCAACCAUAUGAUAGUUGCCUAAGAGAAACAUUUAAAGAUUUUCCUGCAAGCAGUGUAAAUUUGUUACAAAAUCUUCUUUCUAUAGAACCGAACAGACGUGGAACUGCCUCAUCUGCUCUCUCAUUGGAGUAUUUCAAAACAAAACCUUAUGCAUGUGACCCAUCAAGCUUACCAGUAUACCCACCUAGCAAAGAGAUCGAUGCAAAACACGACGAGGAGACAAAAAGGAAAAAGAUUGCGGGGCGAGUUUGUGGACCUGAAAAAAGAAGAUCAUCGAGAAAGCCAGUAGGACUGAGUAAAUUACCAUUACCAGAGGAUUUGACAAGUCAAAUUCGAACUUCACAAAAGAAAGAUGAUAGAUCUGUUCACAUCCUUAAAGAAGAGAACACUAACAUAAGCGACGAGGCAUCAAAGCCAUCCGGUGGUAAACCAGAAGAUGCUUCCGAUAUGAAGAAUGCAUCUCAAGUUGAAAUUCCCUUUCAUGGGCCAUUACAAGUUUCAAAAUCAAGUGGAUUCGCAUGGGCAAAAAGGCGUAAAGAUGACACUACUUCAAUUAGAUCCCACACUCGAUCUAUUUCUAAAGGACAUAUAUUUAAUUCAUUAGAAACUUCUACACAAAAUUCAAGGAAUAUUUCUGAUGAUAAUGAAAACAACGAAAAUAAGGAAGUUUUUGGAGGACGAACCAGCUCUAGAGGCCAUGACGUAUUUGAAAUUUCUAAGCUAGUGGUGCAAAAUCAAUGGAGUAAGUUUGAUCGACCAGAUUCGUUUGAUACUUGUGACGAGUACCACUCGCAAGAACUUUCGAUGAUGGUUUAUCAUAGAGAAGAUUCACUGUCGAAGAGAAGCAAUCAGAGUUAUCAGGAUCAAGGAGAGAAGGUUGAAUUUUCAGGGCCCCUAAUAUCUCAAAUGCAUACAGUUGACGAGCUCUUGGAAAGACACGAGCGCCACAUUCGGCAUUCAGUCCGAAGAUCAUGGUUUCAAAGAGGUAAGAAGCAUGGGAAUUAAAGUAACAGAAAGUGUAAUAGUUUAUUCAUAUGGCACUAUGGAAGGACAUAGAUCCUUCAAAAUGGGAUCAAGAUGUUCUGUGAGACCCCAAGCUCAAUGCUGUGACAGUGAACAAGAAAAGAAGAUCAGUAUGUACAGUAUAUACAGCAGCAUGAGUUAAUACCUAUAGGGAGGGAGCAUUGAAACACCAAUUUGAGCAUUGUGGUCCUUUCAGCUAUUAUUUUUCAUAGUUUGUUUAAAGCUUCAAAGGAAUCAGAUUUAACAGUUUCUUAAUCAAAGAGAGUGCUGAGCAAGCAGCCCAAUUUUGUUAAA